CAGAUGUUUUUGUUGAAUAUUUGAUAGAGAAUUACUCAUAUUAUUAACCUCUAGUACCGAUGAGGAUUCCUUGUACUCAGUUUUGAAUAAUCCAUAUUAGAAAAAUUGACGAUGAGAAGUGGAGCAGCAACAUUUGAUUUGGCAAAAGGGCUUAGCAAGGCAGUGAUCGCAGCCUCAAAAAGGAAGGGAAGACAAUGUUUGUGGGGUUCUGAAGUGGAGGAGACACUCCACAGGUUGGGUUGGCGGCAAUGCCUGACCCCAUCAUUGGUGGCCAAUGUGAUUGACCCUUUCCUCCUAAGUCACCAUUCUCUUGCUCUUGGCUUCUUCAAUUGGGCCUCUCAGCACCCUGGCUUUGCCCACACUCCCUUUACCUACCACUCACUCCUCAAAUCCCUCUCUCACACCAACCACUUCACUGCCAUUUAUUCACUCCUCAAACAAGCCAAAGCUCUCAACUUUUCCAUCCACCCGUCUCUUUUCAGCUCCAUCAUAGCAUCCCAUAUUGCCCACAACCGUGCUCGCGAAGCCUUUUCGCUCUUGGGUAAUGUUGCUCCCCUUUGUGCCGAAAUUGGAGGGCCCACUUAUAACUCGCUCUUGGCUGCCCUUGCCUCUGAUGGGUGUUUGGAAAGUGCGUACCAGCUGUUUGAGGAAAUGACUCAGAGUGGUAUUGGUUUCAGCACACUGGGAUUUGGGGUAUUUAUUUGGCGGGUUUGUGGAGAGGGUGAUGUGGAAAGGGUGGUGAGGUUGUUGGAUGAGGUUAAGGAAUGUGGUUCUGGGAUUAAUGGUUCUGUUGUGGCGGUUUUGACUGUUCAUGGGUUGUGUCGGGCUUCUAAGGUAUCGGAGGCUUUGUGGAUGUUGGGUGAUCUCAGGAGUAGGGGUUGGAAACCCGAUUUCAUGGCUUACUGGGUUGUUGCCGCAGGGUUCCGGUCAAUGAGGAAUGUGGCUGAUGAAGUGAAAGUUUUGAAGAUGAAGAGGAAGUUAGGGGUGGCUCCUAGAAGCAGUGAUUACAGGGACUUGAUACUUGACUUGAUUACGGAGAGAAGGAUGUGUGAAGCAAAAGAAGUUGGGGAGGUUAUAAUUGGUGGUAAUUUUCCUGUUGAUGAUGACGUUCUCAAUGCAUUGAUAGGAUCGGUAUCAAGUGCAGAUCCUAGUGCUGCUAUAAUGUUUUUCAAUUUCAUGGUUGAGAAAGAGAGGUUCCCAACUAUUUUGACUGUCAGUGAUUUGUGUAGGAAUCUGUGUAGGCAUGGCAAGGUUGAUGAGUUAUUGGAGGUGUUCCGUGUUUUGAAUUCUCAAAACUACUUCAAAGAUGUGGAGGGUUUCAAUGUAAUGAUUUCAUUUUUGUGCAGGGCUGGGAAAGUGAGAGAAGGCUAUACUGUUCUGCAGGAGAUGAAGAAGAAAGGGUUCCAACCCAAUGUCUCGUCCUAUAAUUACAUAAUGGAAGCGUGUUGUAAGGAGGAUCUACUGCGUCCUGCGAGGAAGCUCUGGGAUGAGAUGUUCUCGAACGGCUGUUUGGGGAAUUUGAAAACAUACAACCUUCUUAUACAAAAAUUUUGUGAAGUGGGACAAGCUGAAGAGGCUCAAAUGCUCUUUUACCAGAUGUUAGACAAGGGAGUGGAACCUGAUGUUACCACUUACACUUUUCUUCUAGAAGGACUCUGCCAAGAAGACAAACUAGAAGCAGCUUUUGAGCUCUAUAACAAGUCUGUCAAACAGGACAUAAUCAAUGCAAAAGGCAUAUUGAGCUCCUUUACAUCAUCACUAUGCAGGAAAGGUCAUCAUAUGGCUGCAUCCAAAUUACUUUGUAGUCUCAAUCAUGAUAUAGGAUGUGCAGAAUCCCAUAUAAUUUUGUUGAAAAGUUUGUCAGAUGCACAAGAGAUUCCAAUUGCCAUUGAGCAUUUGAAGUGGGUUCAGGAAAAAUCACCUUUGAUACUAAGAGAUAUAUGUACUGCACUUUUGGAUUCUCUUUCUUCUGCUACAUGCCCAGAGCCCAUGUUACAGUUCCUUCAAAGAAUACAAAAUGUGUUUGAUUUCCCAUACUUCGAAGGAUAUGUGUGACAAAUGAUUACGAUUUGAGAAGAUUAUGUUCUCAGUUUUGGGUGCCAUUGAUGAAGCAUCCGGAGGACAUGGUGGGGAGAAAGGGAUUGCAGCGCUACUUGAUGAUUCGAAAGAUCAACUGUCAUCUGACAACAGCAUACCCCUAUCCCCACAGUGGCUGUAUUCCAAACCUGUUGAUGCAAGGACAACUACCAAUCCGGUGGGGGUGAAUUCAACUUAUCCCAUACUGAAAGAUAGUUGGCGUUUGGAGGGAACCUUCUGAUGCCAUUGGAAGGAACCUAAAAGUAGAUAUGCAUAAUUUUGAUUAUGAUGGGUCUUCUGCUAGCGAUGAUCAACCUUGGUCUUCUUCCCGACCUGAUACUAGCUCAAGUGUUGGUAUUCCUUCUCAAAUACCCAAUCAAAGUUAUCACUCUGAGGUCAAGUUCUCUGAUGAUCAGGGCUUCACUAAUAUUGUUGCACAUGAUGAGGAUAUCUCUUUGUCAUAAUUGGCCGGAAGCAUAAAUGAUAAACCUUUGAUGAGGCCCAUGGAUGUGAAUACAUUGCAUUCUCAUCCUACCGGAAAACCUCUUGCCAAUGAAAUUGCAUUGAGUGAUUCUCACCAUGAAGCUGAUAAGUUGCACCCAUUUGGGUUAUUGAUGUCUGAACUCAGAGAUGGUUCUCAUUUAAGGCGUGCACAAUCUUCCAAUAGUUCUUUGAGAUUGGGUGAUCAGGGUCAUUUUCAAGAUCCAUUAAUGGAUAGAGAUGCUUCUUUUACUGAUCAACAAAGCUCUAUUAGUGGUAUGGUUAAUCAACCUUCUUUCAGGGAGAAAUGGGGUGAUAAAUAUGGUACAAUUA